ACCUACGUUGUUAGUAAACAAUAGCGUAAUUCAUUUUUACAGUCUACACAAUUGAAAUAUUGUUUGUCCUAAUUAUAAGUAUAAAUAUAUAAUUUUCAUUUGUCAUGAAAGAGGAUUCGUCAGAAAUACAUUCUCUAGAACCCAAGUAUUUCUUUGGGUUAACUAUCGGCCUUUCAAACAACUGUUUAUUUCUAAAUGAUGAAAAACUCAUUUAUCAUGCAUCCGGUGUUAUCGUCAUACACGAUUACUCGAAUAAUUCCCAAGAGUUUGUGUACUUGAACGAACCUCAAAAAGUUAUUACAACAAUGGACCUUAACAAUAACAAAAACAUAUUAGCCGUAGCUGAGAAGGGUAAGAAACCGUCAAUCAGUUUAUACGAUUUGGACAAAUUCAAACACAUAAGGCAACUGACCAUACCAUAUGAGUCGAAAGCCAACAGUUUCAUAAAAAUUAAGUUUUCUUAUGACGACGUGUAUGUGGCAGCACUUUCCGGCGAACCUGAUUACAUAAUGUAUUAUUACAAUUGGAGACAAUCGAAAGUCGAAAGUCACUUGCAAGUCGUAACCUCAGCCAACGCCGCUGGACCUGUAUCAGAUAUGGCGUUGAACCCUGUCAAUAGUGGUUUAUGCUGUUUUGUUGGCAAGGGAUUGUUCCGUUCGAUGGCCAUGGGUGAGUUGGUCUGGAAACAAUACGGAUUUCACAAAGCUAACAAAUUUAAUUUUACUACUGUGUGUUGGUUAAAUAGCGAGAGAGUUUUAGCGGGUACUGUUGACGGUCGUAUAUUUUUGAUCGAAAACGGUGAAUUGAAGUCUGUCUACAACAUUCAGACUCUAUCGGAGUUCGACCUAAAUGUGACAGGUCCAAAUCCAUUGCAAGUACGACCACUAUCAGAUGGUCGGGAUAUGAAAAUUCAAUACUUUACGCCGGUUAGAAACGGACUUAUGUUUGUGGUGAAUGGUUAUCAAGUUUACUACUACAAAAUGAAAGCAAAUCGUUAUAGGCAAAGCAUCAUGUUUCAAGUGCCUAGGGACGGCGAACGUCAAGUGAAUGUCGGUGAAGGUGGUGGCGAUAGUGACGGUAACAGUAACGGUGACGGCGACGGCAACACCGAUGACGGUGACGGCGAUGAUGGCAGAGGGUCAGAUGCUAUAAAUACGUUGAGUGUUAGCCCAAAAAACAAGAAACUAGUUUGCGUCACUGGCACAUCUCGAUUAUAUUGGUCAUCGACCGAAGGGAAAUCUGGAAUGAUGGACGUAGAGCUUGAACCGUUUGGUGAGACACUGCACCGUGGUGGUGUGUUUGGUCUGUCUGUGAGUGACUGGAAACCCAUCUUUAUGACUUGUGGCAAAGUUGACCGGACUGUGAAACUGUGGAACUAUAUGAGACGCACUUUGAUACUAUCUCAGCGCUAUGAUGAGGAUGUGCACGACGUGUCACUGCACCCAACAGGGUCAUAUGCGGUAGUAGCGUUUCGGGACCGAGUCGUAUUCAACGUUAUAUAUGACUCCGUGGCACUCAAACCACGCCGGGAGUUUCCCGCGGCCAAUUGUCAUUUGGUUCGAUUUAGUUUAUCCGGUCACAUGUUUGCUGUCAUAAACGACCUAGUCGUCGACGUCUAUUGCUCAGUUACGUUCGACAAACGUUUCACGCUUUCCGGCCAUAAGAACACGAUCACAGAUCUAGUUUGGGCUAACAAUGACUGGAAGUUGGUGUCGUGUGAUGUCGAUGCCCAAAUAUGUAUCUUUAAUUUGUAUACGAAUGAACAUGUGAUUGAUAUCAAAUUUUGGAAUAAGUCAUUUGUUAGUUUGGCUGCAUCGAACAACAUGAAACAAAUCUACACUGCUGCACCUGACGGCAGAAUCAGAGAGUUAUAUAAUCGAACGGUGAUUCGUGAUAAAGAUUUAGACCAUGGUCCAUUAAAUACCAUAACUCUAUCUAGAUCAGAUUUAAUGUUAUUCAUAGCGUGUCAAUACGGUGUCAUAUUAUCUCUGGCAUUGCCAAUCAAGUCUCAAGUCAAAUACAAAGAAUUUUGUAUUCACAAUAAAACUAUAUCAAAGAUGCGGUUGACGAUAAACGAUUCAACAUUGAUCACGUGCUCUGUUGAUGGUAGCAUUGGUAUAUGGUAUGUGAAAAACGCCAAAGGAAAGAUUACGCACGCUACUCCAAAAUUUUCAGACGACAUUCUUGUAUCAUCGAAUUAUUUGAAAAAUAAAGUUGAAACAGUUUCAAUUUUAAAUUUGAGAUUAUUAGAAUUGGAAAAAAAGAGUGAAAAUGAUAUAGUCCACUUAGAAAAAUCUCACGAAAGACAGUUACGAGAAAUAAAAACCCAACAUUUUAUGAAAAUGGAACUAGUAAAACAAAAAAAAAAUGAAAUGUAUGCAUUACAUGUUAGUGAUAGAAUAUGUUUAGAAGAUAAAAUCACUGAGCUAAAGAAAAAUCAAGAAACUAAUAUGCAAGUAUUGAAAGAAAGUUAUGAAGAACAACUCAAAUAUGAAGAUGAGAAAUACGUAAAGACAGAGAAAGAUAUAUUUAAUAUAAAUAAUGACUUAAAAAGACAAACAGAGAUUAUUUUAACUUCACAUGAAAUAAGUAUGCAAGAAUUAGUAAAAAAAUUUAAAGAUGAUUUAAAGAAAGAAGAAGACAUUUUUCAAAGAUUUAAGGAUGAAUUGAGCAAGGAAAUGAAUCUAUAUGAAAUUGAGAUUGACGAAUUUGACUUCCAAGGUGAUUGGGAAGUGUAUGGCUUAUUUAAUAAUAUCGUGCCCGAAUACCAAAAGUUGUCUAGGAAAAUAAAAAAAGCGCAAAAGGAAGUCAAUGUAUUAAAAGUUAAAAUAAAAACGGCCAAAAAGGAAGAAGAAGAUCUAAAGUUUUUGAUUGAUAAGUUUGACGAAGAUGUUAAAAAAAUGAUAAUUAAUGAGAAAAUGUUAGAAGAAAAAAUUGAAGUGAUGGAAAAGACGAUGCAGGAAUGUAAUGCGAUUAUACAAGGUAAAGAUAAAUGGAUGGAUAAUGAGAAAUUGAAUAUGAAAGACGUUGAAAAACAAAUAUUAGUAUUGAGAUUCAAUAAGGAAGAGCAAAUAAAAGUUAUUGACCCAUUGAAAAUGAAACUUAAUGAUUUAAAAGCAUUCAAAGAUUCAAUGUCGUUUUAUGCAUAUGAGAUUGGAAAUUCAAUGAACCAUAUACACUUGGAAUGUGGUACGCUAAAACAGAAAAUAAAAUCUAAAAGAAGAGAGUUAAAACAAAUUGUAGGAGGAAUCAAUGUACGGGAAGCGUUUAUUAAGACUAUAAAGUUGGAAGUAUAUUAUAUCUACAAGGGUGUAGAUAAUGAUGUCAACCUAAGAGAUUCCAUUAGAAGUUUACAUCUUAAAUUUACAAAUAUUAAUUGGUUGGAGGUAACGAAAUCAAAUGAUUUAUUAAGGCAGAGACAAUUUUUAGAAAGGGCUGUAGCCAACCUCGAACGCCGUAAAGCUACAGCUGUUGAGCGACAGAAUCCAUUACAAUUCAACAUUAUUGAAGAAAACCAAUCUCUUCUCUUGGUGGUUAAUAAGUUGAGAAAAGAAGCAAAGACGAAUCAAUUAAAGUACAAAGAAUUACAGUGUUUAAUAAAAGAGAAAAGUCGUCAAUCGGCAUCUGUCGAAAACGCCAAUAAUGAAGAGGAGUCAUUUGAAAGUCUAAAUAAAAAUCUAGAAGAUUAAUUCUAUAGUUAAUUGUUGUUAAUACCCUCCUUAGUUAAAUUUGGAGUAUAAUGUAGUUACUAUUGGGUUUAAUUAUAUUCAGAAUAUUAUUAACCAUUUUUUACUAAUUAAAAGAUAAUUGAACCUCAUUAUGUAAAAUCUACUGGAUAUAAACAAUACU